AUAAUUUAUUUAUUUUUUUUCAAAUCCCGAUUAUAGUGUUCACAUAGUUAAAAAACAUUUUAUAAGUAUUAGGUUCACUAGUAUAUGCAUAGAGCAUUUGUUCCACUUUUAUUCACGGUGAUCAAACAUGAAAAACUUACAGAAGAAUGACAAUGCAUCCGAGGAACUUGAUGUGACACUUCACUCGACGUCGACCAAACCAAAUUUAAAGGGAGACCGGUCGAGCUUAUUUUUAUUGAUAAUAUUGUACAUAAUGCAAGGGAUUACUUUUGGAUUUUCAAUUUUAGCUCUACCAAUAAUUCUACAAAGUAAAAAAGUAGUAACUUACGGAGAACAGGCAUUGUUUAGUUACGUACUGUGGCCGUAUAGCCUGAAACUAUGUUGGGCUCCGUUAGUAGACGUUCAUUAUGUACAAUGGAUAGGAAAACGAAAAUCUUGGCUCCUGCCAGUUCAAUACUUAAUGGGUGUUGUUUUACUUUAUGCGGCGAAUAACAUCAAUGACUGGAUUCCCGAAACAGGUAAACCUAAUAUAGUAAUGCUCACGUGCUUGUUUUUCGUCCUUAAUCUGUUGGCUUCAACGCAGAACAUAGUUGUCGACAGUUGGGCACUGACGAUGCUGAAAAAAGCCAAUUUGGGUUAUUCGUCUGUGUGCAGUUCUUCGGGUUUUGCAAUUGGCAUUAUGUUAGGUUCCGUGUUUCCCGUUCUGUUUACAUCCGAAGACUUCUAUAACAAAUAUUUACGAAAUACACCCAGCAUGGGAGGUAUUAUGACUCUCGAAAGCUUAUUAUUCAUUUGCGGCAUUUUAUUCAUAUUAGUAGCAACUUUAAUUGGCAUAUUUAAAAAAGAAAAGGAUACUAGAUUGGAAGAUAAUUAUGAGCAGCUUCACAUUACUAAUAGUUAUAAGCUACUAUGGGACAUUUUAAAACUACCUAAUAUUCGUGCAUUAUUAAUAGCAUUAUUAACAAUGAAGGUUGGAUUUUCUGCAAUGAGGAAUUCUUUACUUUAUUUGAAACUCGUUGAUGCCGGUGUACCAAAAGAUGAUAUAAUGGUACUCACUACAGCAAUGUUUGCAGUGAAAAUUGUAACACCAAUUGCUGUAUCCAAGUAUACCUCGGGUCCAAAGCCGAUGAGUGUGUGUUUAAAAUCGAUGCCUAUCAAACUAAUCUGGAGUCUUACACACAUUGGUUUUAUUUAUUUUACGCCAAUGAUUAUAUAUAGUAACGGAAUAUUAAAUAUACCAAUAUAUUAUUAUUUGAUUUUAGGAUUUCUAAACGCAAUAAGUGAAGCACUCUCCUACAUAAUGCUAGUAGCCACAACAGCAUUUUUCUCUCGGAUAAGUGACUCUCGGUUUGGUGGAACAUACAUGUCGCUGUUGAACACAGUAACAAAUUUUGGGAUGACAUAUUCGACAUCUAUAGGACUAAAAUGUAUGGACUUUUUAACGUUUAAAAAGUGCUCAAACGAUUCCAAGAAUAAUUGUUCUACAAUGAAUUUAAAAAAAGUGUGUGAUGAAAAUUAUGGCAAUUGUCUUACAACUGUGGAUGGUUACUAUGUAGAAAUCAUCAUAUGUGUAGUCAUCGGCUUCAUUUGGUACGGGUUGUUUAGAAAUAUGUUAAAAAAUUUUCAAACUAAAAGUUCUUCAUAUUGGAUGGUGUAUGUUAAUCAACAAAGUGAAGAAAAGGUCGACGUUUCUGUUGAUCCUUGUUCUAAGUAAAUGCCAAGGCGUUAUUUCUGUAUCAUUAAACAUAUAAUUUAAGAAAGAUCAUUUUCAUAUAUUUUGAAUAAGUUACCCAAAAUAUUGUAAUAAACACAUUAACCUAA